UACGGUUUUGCAUGUAAAUCCUUUUUGUUUUCUUUCAUAAAGAAAACCCUUUCUAAUAAGUAAAUUGUCAAUGGUUAAGUCCUUUGCGUGACUUUGUCAUGUACAUAAUGAUAAAUGGAAUGGAAAAAUUAAGAUGAACAAUCUCCAUUUGUACGCCUCCUCCCGCUUCCGCCACCUCCCUAAGACCUUCUCUCUACGCCGCGAAGUUCCGUGGUGGGAUCAAAUCCUCGAUCCGGGAAGCCAAAUCGUGACCAAAUGGAACUACAUCAUCCUCGUGACAUGCCUCAUAGCCUUGUUUUUGGACCCUCUCUAUUUUUACCUGCCAGUCAUCGCUGGCCCUGCCUGCAUGAGUAUCGAUUUAGGCCUAGGAAUCAUUGUCACGUUCUUCCGUACGGUGGCAGACUUGUUCUUCCUCAUGCACAUCAUCUUAAAAUUUAGAACGGCUUUCGUGGCACCCAAUUCCAGGGUUUUCGGGAAGGGAGAGCUGGUGAUGGAUCCCAGGGCCAUCGCCAUCCGCUACUUGAAGUCAAGUUUUGCCAUUGAUCUUGCUGCUGCGCUCCCUCUCCCACAGAUUGUCAUUUGGUUCAUAAUUCCAGCAGCAAAAAGUCCAUCGGCUGCUCAUGCUAACCACACGCUUUCUUUCAUUGUUCUCAUUCAAUAUGUUCCUCGAUUCUUCAUCAUGUUUCCUCUGAACCAGCGGAUAAUUAAAACUACUGGCGUUGUGGCUAAGACUGCUUGGUCAGGUGCAGCAUACAAUCUACUUCUGUCUAUGCUGGCUAGCCAUGUCUUAGGAUCUUCAUGGUAUGUGUUGUCUAUUCAACGGCAGUACCAGUGCUGGAGAAUGGAAUGUGCUAAGGAGAUGAAUGCUACCCACUCACCAUCAUGUAAUCCUUUAUUCCUUGAUUGUAGCACCAUAGGAAAGCCCGAACGUAACUUUUGGCUCAAGGUUACUCGUGUGAUCACUAGUUGCGAUGCUAAGAAUGAUGACAACAACGAUUUUCAGUUUGGGAUGUUUUCUGAUGCUUUCACCAACGAUGUUGCUUCAGCAGAUUUCCUUGAUAAAUAUUUUUAUUGCCUUUGGUGGGGUUUAAAAAAUUUGAGUUCAUAUGGACAAAAUAUUGUGACUAGUACACUUAGUGGAGAAACAUUAUUUUGCAUUCUUAUUUGUAUCAUUGGUCUAGUUUUCUUCUCACAUCUCAUAGGCAACAUGCAGACCUAUCUUCAAUCUACAACAGCAAGAAUAGAAGAGUGGAGGGUCAGACGAAGAGAUACUGAAGAGUGGAUGAGACACAGGCAAUUGCCACCAGAUUUGCAGGACCGUGUUCGCCGGUUUGUUCAAUAUAAAUGGAUUGCCACAAGAGGUGUUGAUGAAGAAGCCAUAUUGAAGUCCCUACCCUUGGAUCUCAGGCGUCAAAUUCAAAGGCAUCUCUGUCUUGCCCUUGUUCGCCGAGUUCCUUUUUUUGCUCAAAUGGAUGAUCAGCUCCUCGAUGCCAUAUGCGAACGCCUUGUCCCUUCCUUGAACACCAACGACAUGUACUUGGUUCGGGAAGGUGAUCCUGUGAAUGAGAUGCUUUUCAUCAUUAGAGGCAGAUUAGAAAGCUCUACAACCAAUGGCGGUAGAGCAGGAUUUUUCAAUUCCAUUACCCUGGGACCUGGUGACUUUUGUGGUGAAGAGUUGCUGACAUGGGCCUUGGUUCCAGCCUCUACCUCUGAGUUAAACCUUCCAUUAUCAACCAGAACAGUCAAGUCCCUGACUGAAGUUGAGGCCUUUGCUCUCCGCUCCAGGGACCUCAAAUUUGUAGCCAAACAAUUCAAGCGCCUCCAUAGCAAGACACUGCAACAUGCUUUCAGGUACUAUUCCCACCAAUGGAGGACUUGGGGAGCUUGCUUUAUACAAGCUGCUUGGAGAAGGUUCAAGAGGAAGAAGCAGGCAAUGGAGCUGGCAAAGCAGGAGAACUUGUACUACACGCAAGACAAUGAAGAUGGCUACAGUGAGGGAUCAGCUGCUGCAGAAUAUGAUGAUGGUGGUGCUGCAUCAGCUGAUAAUGCAAACAACUCCCAGCAUCUUGGUGCCACAAUUCUGGCUUCUAAAUUUGCUAAAAACACUAGAAAAGGAACCAAGAAGAUAACUAGGAUUGACCCUGACGACUCUAGCUUAAAAUUGCCCAAAAUGUUUAAGCCUGUGGAGCCUGAUUUCUCUGCAGACCAUGAUAGUUAAGUACCAUACACACGAUCUAGCAAACAUCUUGUUAAAAAUAAUCAUUUACUGAACCACAAAUAAAACAAAAGAAGGAUUUCCAUCUCCCAGCAGCAGUUUAAUUGGAUGAAAUUGAAAAAGAUGUGAGGUUGUGGGUCAAUACCGGAAAUAUCAUGUGAAAAAGUCCUUUCAUUAAUUAAAAUAUGCAUAUUUUUUAACUUAGGGGAAUUAAAUAAAUACUACUAUUAAUGCUUUUGGAUUGGUGAAAAUUAGACAACAAACUUACAGUUGAAGAAAAAGAAAAAGAAAUUUUGGGUCACCAAAAAGCAUUGGACUCUGUA